AUGCCACCUCACACAUCCGAGUCGCCGGCAAAGAAGCAGAGCAAGUGGUCACCCGAGGAGGAUGCCCUGAUUAUCGAGCUCCGGGGCAGCGGCAUGAAAUGGGACGACAUCUCGAAGCGUCUCCCGGGCCGGAGCUCCAUCAGCUGCCGCCUCCAUUACCAGAAUUAUCUGGAACGGCGCAGCGAGUGGGACGAAGAGCGGAAGAACAAGCUCGCGAGGCUAUACGAGAGAUUCAAACCCGAGAUGUGGGCCAAAGUAGCCGAAGAGAUGCAGGUUCCCUGGCGAGCAGCCGAGGCCAUGCACUGGCAGCUAGGUGAGGUUGAGAUGGCGCGGCGGGCGGGGGUGGUUCCAUUCUCGCUGAACAUGACCUCGAACGAACCCCAAGGCUCGACCAUGCAGCGCCGCAUCUCCCCGACCCGGGGCCACCACGCACACUCGCAACCCCAGGGCAGCCUCCCGCACAAUUUCUCCGGCCUCCCCUCACCGCACUACACCAGGGCACCGCCCGGACCCGGACCCGGACCCGAACUCGGACCCGGACCCGGCCCGGCCCCUCCCCAGAUUCCCCCCAUCAUCCCGCCGCCGACCCCAAGCUCGGCCGGCAGCAGUCGCCCGCUCUCCUCCCGACGCGACAGCCUCCCUCCGCGCCCGCCGCCCUUUGGUCCGCCCCUAUCCGAAGUGUCAGACUACGGCUACAGCCUCGCCCCGAUCACGACCGAUCCGCUCGGCCACGGAGGUCGCGUACCUAGCGCUGGGGUUGCCGGAGAACGUGCCAUGACCACCAGCGGCGGCGGUGGCGGCGUGCUCCUCCCCAGCGUGGCCGAGCUCACAACCGGCAUCAGCCCAUACAGCACCCCGGCCUACAUGCCGGGAAGCAGCCAACAACAGCCGCGAUACCAACAAAAGCAGAACGUACCUACAACCAGCAGCCCGGUCCACAGCAGCGCCACCGCCAGCCCAGGUCCACCCGGUGCACUCUUAGCCGCCCUCACGCCUCACCCGGCGCACGAACAACCACAACCACAACACCAACAACAACAGCAGCAGCAGCAGCAGCAGCAACAGCAGCAACAGCAACAAACCUCCUCCUCAACCGGGAAGAGACGCGCAAGCCCGCCCGACCUCUCAGACAGCAGCACCCGCUGGGAGCCCGGCCGGCGUCGCCAGCAGCAUCAUCAUCUGUACCCCGCUUCUGCCGCCGUCUCCGGCACCGCCACUGCCUCGUCUUCCUCCUCGGGAACUGCUGCUGCUAGGGGCGCCGGCUGCAGCAGGAGAAGCAGCAGCAGCGAAUACCCGCCCACGCCGCCGGCGGCGUCCGCCUCGCCCUUCGCUGCCGGGGCGGCGGCGACAUUGAUUCCGGCUCAGAGGGGGGCGACAAGGCAUGGGCCGUAAAUUUUUUUUUUUUUUUUGGGGGGGGGGGGCAACAUCGAGGAUCCUGGUCAGCUUUUUUUUUUAUUUUUCUCUCUUUCUCUCUCUUUUUUAUUAUUAUUCUUCUCUUACUUUUCUCACUUUUCCUCUAGCCAUUAAAAAAAAUCAUUUUCUUACCUCAUCUUUUUUGAUCACAAAACAAAACAACUCGGACACGUGUAUGCAUUUACGAACGGCGGAUGUGAUACGGAAUCAUGGGUCUUAUGGGCAAACGUUACCUACCUAUUACCUAAAUACUUUAUCUAGUGUUACAGGAUGGGUUAGGUAAACAACUAAACGGAGAAAAGAAUGGUGGGGGGGACACGGAAUGAUGCGUUUUCUGUAAUGGGUAUAGUGGGAGGACAGAAGCUACAUUUUCUUUUGAAUCUUCUUUUCUCGGAAAGAUAAACAAGAAGGAAAUUUCUCGUGACUUUCUCUAUUACGGAUCUCCCAUAUUUUCUAUUGCUUCUCCUUCUUCAUUUUCAUUUACCUGCCUGAUUAAUUACACACGGCUAUCCACGUUCGGGAACGAACAGAUGAUGG